AUCGCUACCGUGAAGGCUGAUGAUCGGCACCCUGAAAAUCGGAACGUUCUGAGCCCUAAUUUCGAAGCUAAUUUUGAGUUCUAACAGCUCUUUGGCCAUGGCGGGUCCUUUCUCGGCUCCUUCUGCAGCUUCUUCCUCAUCAGGUGCCCAAUUUACGUAUUCAAAUGGUUCUUACUUUCCUUUACCUUUCCAUCUCCAGCAGUCUGCUCCAGCCGCCCCUGCUCCCCAGUAUCCCACUCCCUAUGUCGCUGCUCCGGCUCCUCCAGCAGUUCCACUUCCCGUCGCCUCCGUAUAUCCGACUCCUGCUCCCGCUCCGGCAGCUUACAAUCUCCCUCAGUACCAGCAGGCCCAACAACUAUUUCAAAGGGAUGCCCAAACGAUAACUCCGGAAGCUCUUGAGAGUGUUAAAGCUGCGCUUGCAAGUAGUGAGAUCGAGCAUAAAGCAGAAACAAAAAAGAAAGCUAUUCCUCGCAAAGCUGCUGGUCAAUCUUGGGAGGACCCAACACUUACUGAGUGGCCUGAAAAUGAUUACCGUCUAUUUUGUGGUGAUCUUGGUAAUGAAGUGAAUGAUGACGUGCUCUCUAAAGCAUUCUCACGAUUUCCUUCCUUUAACAUGGCUAGAGUUGUUAGAGAUAAGCGAACUGGUAAAACCAAGGGCUAUGGAUUUGUUAGUUUCUCCAAUCCUACUGACCUUGCUGGAGCACUCAAAGAAAUGAAUGGCAAGUACGUCGGAAAUAGGCCGAUAAAACUAAGAAAGAGCAAUUGGAAGGAGAGGACAGACUACGAAGCCCUGGGAAGAUACAAGAACCACACUCAAAAGAAAUCAAAGCUUCCAAAGAAGAGUAUCUUGCACAAGUAAGAAUGAUCUGCAUCCUUUUAUUUCUGUUUACGCCCCGAACAUAAUCGUCAAUCAAGUGAUCAGUAUCAUAUGGAUAAACCUGUGUUCGAAAAUUUGGUGAAGUUAGUAUCUGAUAGGGCUUUCUGUUCUCUGCUCCAUUUAAGUGAAGGGAUUAUGCAUUAGAGAACAUGUUUACCUUGAAGAAAUCAAUCUUGUAAAGUGUUGUGAGCCAUUCUCUCUAGCUUUUUAAUGAAUCAAUGUGAAAUUACAGCUUUUUAUCAUUUUUUUAGCUUAUAUUACAGCUUUUAUAUAUAUGUAUUUACUAAAGAUAGCAAUGAUACUUUAUAAUAAUGUCCUGAAUUCUUCUUGA